AUGGCUGACGAGACGAUUGCUGAUUUUCUUGCACGUGAAAAAGAGGAGUUAGCCGGUUUGGAAGAUGUCCCCGUUGUUAACGGCACAGGAAUUGCAUUGUUUGAACGACAGAAUGGCGAUACGAAUGACGAUAAUCUCUUUGGCAUCCAUUCCUCAUCGAACAACGUAGGUGCUGGCGACGGCGAUGACAGCGGCUUAUUUACCGCUGAUUCGUUGCCACAGAAUGCCGAGGCAACGAAGCAGCCCAGCGGAGUAGCUGCCCCAGAGGUCGUUCGUGAGGUGCCAAAAAAAAUUCUCAAAUGGAAAGAGGAACAGAAAUCUCGACUAGAGAGCAAAGAUGCAAAGGAAGAGGCUGAGAAACAAAAAUGGCGAGAGCAGGCGAAAGCCGAGUUGGAAGAGUGGUACAAAACACGCGCCGAUCAGCUGGAAGCCGUCAAGAAGAGCAAUAGAGUUGCGGAAGCGGAAUUUGUGAAGAAAAUCGCCGACACUCAGCCGGGUCAAGAGUGGGAACGGAUCGCAUCUAUGUGUGAAUUCAGUCCGAAGUCGUCGAAGAACGUUAAGGACGUCAGUCGCAUGCGAUCCCUCCUUCUUCAGUUGAAGACGAAGCCGCUCGUUCGUGAACAGUGA